UCUCCCCGCUCUUUGAGCCGGGGAGGGGGGUGCCUCCUUCCCGGAAGUGCUGGUGGCCCCACGUGGUUCCGGCUGGCAGGAGAUCCCGGCCCUGCCUCAGCUGCACGGGACGCGGAGCUUAGGCGAUGGAUCCUGUGCAGGCGCAGCGGCUGGCAGCGGAGCUGGAGGUGGAGAUGAUGGCUGACAUGUACAACAGGAUGACCAAUGCCUGCCACCGGAAGUGUGUCCCCCCCCACUACAAGGAGGCUGAGCUCUCCAAAGGGGAGUCUGUAUGCCUGGACCGCUGUGUCUCCAAGUACCUGGACAUUCAUGAACGCAUGGGCAAGAAAUUGACAGAGCUCUCCAUGCAAGAUGAGGAGCUGAUGAAGCGGAUUCAGCAGGGGGCUGGGGCGGUUUAAGAAUCCCUCUUCAGCUUUGGACAGCAAGUGUGAUAGGCCCUGAGUGCACUGGACUGCCGCCUAGAUUCAGCCCUGGGUCCCCUGUCAAUAAAGCCUUGAUAGUUUUGUAUGAGCAGCACUGGGCCUCUGCCUUCCAACAAGGGGAUCCUGUGCUGAGAUUCGCUGUUUAGCUGUUUCCUGCUGAGUGGAUGAGGUCCUAUCUCUGCCCUUCCCAGAUGAUGCUCCUAGUGAGCAGCAUUGUCCCAAAUAGGGAUGAGGUCCCAAUCCUAUCCUAGUGGUGUCUCUUUAUUGACUAAUGGAGCAAAGGCUUGAUCCAGGGUAGUUUGUGAUGAAGUGUCCUCUUGCAGGAGGUCGGGCUAGAACCCUCGUCCCAGCUCUUUUACCCCUUUGAUAGCAUGAUGGAUUGGCUGCAGGGGGCACUGCCUCCAGGUGGAUGUAUAUUCCCUAUGGUAUUGUGCUCAUCAAAUCUCCAUGGUACUCUCACAGAGCAGCAUGCCCCUGUCAGAUUUGAGUAAUCCCCUCCUGGCUGCAGUUUGCCUUUCACUUUCAGCUCCAAACUCUGUGACAGAGCCUGUUCCUAUUUUCUGUUGGGCAACCCUUGUCCUUUUCCCCCCUCCCCCCAGAGAUGGCUGCAUUUUUGUUCGGGGAGGCAAACUGCUGGCUGUAAUCUGAAGAAUUUCCUUGCAAUCCUUGAUGGCUGUAGCUGCUAUGUGUGGCCAGCAGGGGGCAUGCUGCUGCUGGGGAAAGCACAUGGGAGUUUCACUUGGCUUUCAGUUCAUGGCUUUAGUAAAUAUUUUUACAAGCCUGGCUCCUAAUUGGUGUUUUCCUCCUUUCUCUCAUCCCAGUUUCUGAUUUGUGGUUAAUUACACGGCAGCUCCAUUUAGCCUGAGGGUGAAGCUUCUAAUCCCAGUGACCUCCAGGGAGUGGCUAGGAGUUAUUUUUACUGCAUGCAAUUCAGUCCUCUUGGGGCUCAGUCUGGUUUUCCUGGAAGAUGCUGCAUGAUGAUUUCCUCAGAAUUCGCUGGCAGGAAAAACUAUGUGUACAGCAGCUUUUGUUUGCACUGGGGACUAUGCAGGCACCUGGGAGGGGGAUUUUGAGGUUGGCUUGGGGGUACGGACAGCUAUAGCAAGGCUGUAGCAGCAAGUGAGGGUAGGGGCUGUGUUGGAGGAGACUGAGAGGGGGUUGCAUGAGGCUAGGGAUAGCAAACAGCAGGGGGAAGGCCUUACUGGCCUGGCUUUGUCUAGCUCUAGCCUUUGAUUGUUAGGGCGAGAGAGCCGAGAGGGAGCACAGCAGGGGUGGAAUGGAAAUAGGGAUAGAAGUGUUUGGAGGUUAGAGAGACGGACAUUGAAGACUAUAUGGACUAAGCUCCUUGGGGGUGGGGAGGAGCAGGACCCUCAAAGCCUAGUGGGAAUUAAUCCUCUAGGGGAUAGGAGUUGAUGUAAGGAGCAUGAUUUUUUGGCAGCUCCCCAAAAGGGCAGCCAAGUUUAGUGGGGAGGAUGGGUCUGUGUGUGCCCCUUGGGUGAGGCUAAAGAUUCCUAAUUCCCAGUUCUUUAGUCUCAGUCUCUAGUUCCUUAUUCCUGGUUCAUGGCUGGUUUUUCAAAGCUAACUUUAAAUAAUUUAAAGUUGUAAAAUUAUACCACGUAUCAAGUACAUAGCCUUGAAUAAGGAGAUGAGAUUAGGCUGGGAUUAUGAAGCAAAAUCAUUUUCAGGUCUUCCCAAACGACACAUUUUCAGCUGUUUCUUCUGAAUAAGUCUGAGCAGGGCACUGGCUGAACUGAAGUUUGGUUUUCACUGCUAGUCUGCCAACUGACAGCCCCUUGGGUAUGUGUGUGGUGUACAUUUCCCCAAAUGAGCUUAAUUUGGGUUGGGAUUAUGGGGCAAGAUCCACUUUGGGUCACCACAAACCAUACAUCUCCAUGCCCGGGGGGACUGUCCUGAAGAAAUUUGGGUAGCUCCUCCUGACUUAAAGCUUGGUUUUUGCGUGCCAGCCUGCCAACUAAUGGUUCCCUGGGCCAUGUAUUUACAUGGUACUAAAUAAGGAGGUGAUUUUGGGCUGGGAUUAUGGAUGAAAAGCCUUUUUGGGUCACUCCAAACCAUAUGUCUCUGCCACUGGAAUAUUCUCCUGAGGAAGCCUGGAUAGGCCCUUGCUCAACCCAAAGCUUGGUUUUUGUGUGCUUCUCUCUUGACUAUUGCCCCCCCCCCAGUUUUGUGCUAUGUACAUAGCACCAAAUAAGGAGCUGAUUUUGGACUGGCAUUACAGGUCACCCCAAACCGCACCACUCAGUCAUUGGGGGACUCUUCCCAAAAAAGCCUUUUCAGGUUGCAUUUAAUUCUUGGCUUUGUCCACCACAGAUUUCUAUAUAUGACAUGAAAUAAACUGAUAGUAUAAGAGUUGUGUUGUAGCUGUGAUGACAUUAAGUACAUCAAAAUAAAAAUAUAUGCAUACCUA